AUGUCGCAGGCCUAUAAAUUUCUGCUGAAGGGCGUGAUUCCCCUCAUUGCCAUCCACCGGAGGAGGGACGUGGACUUUUUGUCGGGUGGUGGACGUGUCAACCAGCUAGGAGGGAUGUUUCUCAACGGCAGACCUCUCCCGGAAUCCAAGAGGAGGAAAAUGAUUGAACUGGCCUCGGAGGGGGUCCGUCCAAGUCAAAUAUCCAGGAUACUUCGGGUGUCCAACGGGUGCGUCAGUAAGAUCCUGAGCCGUUACCGCCGCACGGGACUCCUGCAGCCCAAGACCAUCGGAGGGAGCCGACCUCGACUCCUCACCCCUGGUGUCAUCGCCACCAUAGUCCAGUGCAAAAGGGAAAACCCAACUAUCUUCGCGUGGGAAAUUCGGAAACGUCUGGCGGCUGCGCGACUAUGCAAGGUCUCAAAAGUUCCCAGCGUGUCAUCUAUUAAUCGGAUUUUAAGAAAGAUCCACUUGGACCACGGACCCAUGUGCAUGGAGAUCAAUGCGCACAUCAGAACUGAACAGGAUUUUUAUCCUGUGAUUCAAGAAGGAGAGAAUCAGAGAGAGAUGUUUGAAACAUUGUGCAGCUAUGACCAGAAACCUAAAGGCGUCCGGCACCGAAACCGCACGACCUUCACCCCGGAGCAGAGCACAGCACUUGAGCAAGAAUUUUCUCACAGCCAGUAUGCAGAUAUGUACUUGAGAGAGAAACUGUCCGCCAAAAUCAAACUUCCUGAGGACACCAUCAAGGUCUGGUUUUCAAACAGACGUGCCAAAUGGAGGAGGGAAACCAAACAGAGGAGUAGCACACAGACGGCGGACCUUCAAACGCCACGAGAUUUUGACGCUGUGAAUCCAGCGGUGCCACACAGUGUCACAUCUCAGCAGGCAACAGGAGUGUCAAGAGUCGGCGGUCAAAUCUCCGAUGCCUCCUCUUCCUACGGCACAGCUGCCAGGAAAUUGCAACAUGGCUACAUUCUGCCAACAGAAACAGGUAUCAAAAAUUCGGAACGUCCGACAUCCGUCUCAGUGCCACCCUCAUUCCUCCAUCAAUCAAGUAACACGAUGACCCAGAACAUAGAUAAGAGUGCACUGGCUCUCUACACAGAUAGACUCACUUUCCCACUGGCUCACCAUCCCGCAAACGCCAGGACAUCCCUCCCCCUGACAACUGAGACAAUAAGAACAGAGUGCCCCGUGACUCAGUGCUGGAACCAGCCGGGAAUUUCUUUUACUUGGAGCCAGUUUCAAACAGAUGAGAGGUUUCUGUUUGCUCAGCAGCCCUGGGAUGUGAAUCCACACUAGUACCUUUUCUUUUUUUUUUUCUGGGGGGGGGGGCUGCUCAAUGUCUUGGCUGAAGAGACACAUUCUGCCCAGCAGAGAGCGACAAAGGGCUGA